AGUUUGGGGGAAAUGCGGUAGAGCUAGAAGACGUCAUCCACUGCUCUCAGGGAGUUUACCUUCCAGAAACAAAAUCCCCGAAAGGAGGAAGAAGAUCAGGAAGAUGGACGGGAGGACGAGUACUGUCUCUUACCGAUGAAGAGCUGGGGGCGAGUCCUGGAUUUGAAGGCUAUUACUCGGUUUCCUGCUUCUGUACUUCUCCGUGGAAGGUGCUGGGGCUAGGUCUCCCCUUUGUGUCAACAGCACAUUUAGUGGCUUGAAGUAUUUUUUAUUGUGAAGCUACCAUCAUAUUUUGAACAAUGCCUCCAAGACCAUCAUCAGGUGAACUAUGGGGCAUCCACUUGAUGCCCCCAAGAAUCAUAGUAGAAUGUCUACUACCAAAUGGAAUGAUAGUGACUUUAGAAUGCCUCCGUGAGGCUACAUUAGUAACUAUUAAACAUGAACUCUUUAAAGAAGCAAGAAAGUACCCCCUUCAUCAACUCCUUCAAGAUGAAUCUUCUUACAUUUUCGUAAGUGUUACCCAAGAAGCAGAAAGAGAAGAAUUUUUUGAUGAAACGCGACGCCUUUGUGACCUACGGCUUUUUCAACCUUUCCUCAAAGUCAUUGAACCAGUGGGCAACCGAGAAGAAAAGAUCCUCAAUCGAGAAAUUGGUUUCGCAAUUGGAAUGCCCGUCUGUGAAUUUGACAUGGUCAAGGAUCCAGAAGUACAGGACUUUCGAAGAAAUAUUCUUAAUGUUUGUAAAGAAGCUGUGGAUCUUCGAGAUGUUAACGCACCCCAUAGUAGAGCAUUGUAUGUCUAUCCUCCAAAUGUAGAGUCGUCACCUGAACUGCCAAAGCACAUAUAUAAUAAACUAGAUAAAGGACAAAUAAUAGUGGUGAUUUGGGUGAUAGUGUCUCCAAAUAAUGACAAGCAGAAAUACACCUUAAAAAUCAACCACGAUUGUGUGCCCGAACAAGUGAUAGCUGAAGCGAUUAGGAAAAAAACACGAAGUAUGCUGCUGUCAUCUGAACAACUGAAACUCUGUGUCUUGGAAUAUCAGGGCAAAUAUAUUUUAAAAGUAUGUGGAUGUGACGAAUACUUACUCGAAAAGUAUCCCCUGAGUCAAUAUAAGUAUAUAAGAAGCUGUAUAAUGCUUGGUCGGAUGCCCAAUUUGAUGUUAAUGGCUAAAGAAAGCCUUUAUACCCAGCUGCCAUUGGAUACUUUUACAAUGCCAUCUUAUUCCAGACGCAUCUCCACAGCAACACCAUAUAUGAAUGGAGAAGCUUCAGCAAAAUCUCUUUGGGUCAUUAACAGUGCAUUACGAAUAAAGAUUCUGUGUGCAACCUAUGUAAAUGUAAAUAUUCGAGACAUUGACAAGAUUUACGUUCGAACGGGUAUCUACCAUGGAGGAGAACCAUUAUGUGACAAUGUAAAUACUCAGAGGGUCCCUUGUUCCAAUCCCAGAUGGAAUGAAUGGCUGAUGUAUGACAUGUACAUUCCUGAUCUUCCACGUGCUGCUCGGCUUUGCCUUUCCAUUUGUUCCGUUAAAGGCAGAAAGGGUGCAAAAGAGGAACACUGCCCUUUGGCUUGGGGAAAUAUCAAUUUAUUUGAUUAUACCGACACCCUCGUAUCUGGGAAAAUGGCUCUGAAUCUGUGGCCAGUGCCUCAUGGAUUGGAAGACUUGCUCAACCCUAUUGGUGUGACUGGCUCAAAUCCAAAUAAGGAAACUCCAUGCUUAGAGCUGGAAUUUGACUGGUUCAGCAGCCCUGUGAAGUUUCCAGAUAUGACAGUAAUUGAAGAGCAUGCUAAUUGGACUGUAUCCCGAGAACUGGGAUUUAAUUACUCCCAUGCUGGACUGAGUAACAGGAUAGCUAGAGACAAUGAGUUACGGGAAAAUGACAAAGAGCAGCUCCGGGCAAUUUGUACAAGAGACCCACUUUCUGAAAUCACUGAGCAAGAAAAGGACUUCCUUUGGAGUCACAGACAUUAUUGUGUGACUACCCCAGAAAUCCUACCAAAACUGCUUUUGUCUGUUAAAUGGAACUCUAGAGACGAAGUAGCCCAGAUGUACUGCUUGGUAAAAGAUUGGCCACCAAUCAAACCCGAACAGGCAAUGGAGCUUUUGGACUGUAACUAUCCUGACCCGAGGGUCCGAGCCUUUGCAGUUCGUUGCCUAGAAAAGUAUCUGACUGAUGACAAACUCUCUCAGUACCUCAUUCAAUUAGUCCAGGUUUUGAAAUAUGAGCAAUAUUUGGAUAACUUGCUUGUGAGAUUUUUACUUAAGAAGGCACUGACCAAUCAAAGGAUAGGACAUUUUUUCUUUUGGCACUUAAAGUCUGAAAUGCAUAAUAAAACGGUCAGCCAGAGAUUUGGUUUGCUUUUGGAGUCCUAUUGCCGUGCAUGUGGAAUGUAUCUAAAACACCUGAACAGGCAGGUGGAGGCUAUGGAGAAAUUGAUUAACCUUACGGAUAUUCUCAAACAGGAGAAGAAGGAUGAAACUCAAAAGGUGCAGAUGAAGUUCCUAGUCGAACAGAUGAGACGGCCCGAUUUCAUGGAUGCUUUACAGGGCUUUAUCUCUCCUCUUAACCCUGCCCAUCAGUUGGGAAAUCUCAGGCUCGAGGAAUGUCGGAUUAUGUCGUCUGCAAAACGGCCACUGUGGUUAAAUUGGGAGAACCCAGACAUCAUGUCAGAGUUGUUGUUUCAGAAUAACGAGAUCAUCUUUAAAAAUGGGGAUGAUUUACGUCAGGAUAUGUUAACACUUCAGAUUAUUCGAAUUAUGGAAAACAUCUGGCAAAACCAGGGUCUUGACCUCCGGAUGUUACCUUAUGGAUGUCUUUCGAUUGGAGACUGUGUGGGGCUUAUCGAGGUGGUGAGAAAUUCCCAUACAAUUAUGCAAAUUCAGUGUAAAGGAGGCCUUAAAGGUGCAUUGCAGUUCAAUAGCCAUACGUUGCAUCAGUGGCUCAAAGACAAGAACAAAGGAGAAAUGUAUGAUGCUGCCAUUGAUUUAUUUACACGCUCCUGUGCUGGUUAUUGUGUUGCUACCUUCAUCCUGGGAAUUGGGGAUCGCCACAAUAGUAACAUCAUGGUAAAAGAUGAUGGACAACUGUUUCAUAUAGAUUUUGGACACUUCUUGGAUCACAAAAAGAAAAAGUUUGGUUACAAACGGGAGCGAGUGCCAUUUGUCUUGACACAAGACUUCUUAAUAGUGAUUAGUAAAGGUGCCCAAGAAUGCACUAAAACAAGAGAAUUUGAGAGGUUUCAGGAGAUGUGUUACAAGGCUUACCUAGCUAUUCGUCAACAUGCCAAUCUCUUCAUAAAUCUGUUCUCUAUGAUGCUCGGCUCUGGAAUGCCAGAACUACAGUCCUUCGAUGACAUUGCCUAUAUUCGGAAAACCUUGGCCUUGGAUAAAACAGAGCAGGAGGCUCUGGAGUAUUUCAUGAAGCAAAUGAAUGAUGCACACCAUGGAGGCUGGACAACAAAAAUGGACUGGAUCUUCCACACAAUUAAGCAACAUGCUUUGAACUGAAGUGGCCGCGGAGAAACUGAUAGCCCAAUACCUUGGUCAUACGUGGCGCCGUUAAUGACUGUCAGCUGUCAGCAGGCAAAAGACUGGUUGCAUAGGAAUUGCACAAACCGUGAACAGCAUUAGCAUUUACAGCAAGAGCAGAAAUAAAGUAUACAAUUUAAGUGAUGUAAACAACAAACAGGGUUUAAUAGCACUAAAAUAGUACAUUUCAAAAUUAAGCUUUACUUAAAAAUGCGCAAUUUCAUGUUAUGCCUUAAGCCCCAAAAGGUAAACUUUGAAGAUUGUUUGUAUCCUUUUUAAAAAAAAAAAAAAACAAAAAACAAAAUAUAUAGAAAUGGAUGAAGAUAAGGAAAAAGAAUCACGUUCUCUUAUUUUGCAAGUGUUGUUUGUUUUGAAAUGGACAAGCAACAAAAAGUCUAUCACUACAAUUAGGUAUAAGUGAAAUCUGAAAGCGAUUUGGCAUUGCAAAAAAUGGAAAAUCUAGGACCUAUUUUCAUUACUAUUCAGUUAUUCUGAAACGUUUUGACUCCCAGUUCUAAAGAAGAGAAAUGCUCUUGGGGUGGGAAGGAAUCUUAAAAAAAUUCACCUGAGGAUUUUUUUCUUUUCAAUAAAUCAAACCUUUCUAUGACUUGGAAUCUUAUCUGCACAGUUUGGGGAGCAGUGAAAACAUGAAACCAAUUACGGAGCUUCUUCCUGGGCUAUGGGCAACAUUUAGAGGGAUCAGAAUGUUAAUUCUAGACCUCCCCACGGAAAAAUCGCAACAAAUGAGGAACGAGGAGGAUUUGGACCCGUACAGUGCAGAGUUCACCUUAAGUUUCAUUUUUUUUUUCCAUUUGCAAUUAAAUGGAAUACAUUUUUCAUGCAUGUUUUUGGAAAUAUCAAAGUGAGUAUUAAAGUUAUUCAAAAAGUAUUUUUUGAGAAAAAGGUAUUUAUACUAUAGAAGCUUAUUAAUAUAUACCCAUUAUUCCACAGUCUCUCCCAUAUUCACACAUUUAUUUUGCAUCCAAAUUUUUUGUCAGCCUCUAUAGGGACACUGAGGUUGGCCACUUUUUCUUCCUCCUCUUUCAGAGAUGUUUGGACAAUAUCCUCUGGCAUGUCAGUGGAUAGGAUAUAAUUAGUAGAGCGAUGUUAUUGGUACCCCAUUCUUGGGGCUCCUCUCCCCUUUGUGGCCCAAUCUCAUUAAAUCAAUUUACCAGAUGGACAUUGUUUGGAUUCUCUUCCUGAUCACUUUGGUCCUCUAAUGGGUUAUAAAUUAAUUGCACACAGCAGAGAAAUCAAAAUGUAAGUUUAAUGUAAACUCAGUAUCCAUGUCUAUAUCUAUAUAAACACAGAUAUGUAGAUAUAGAAAGAGAAGCUGAUAUGGAAUUUAAACAUAUAUAUAUAUAUGUACAUGUGUAUAUGUAUAUAUACACUAAAGGCAACGUGGGCAUGGUCAUGACUGUCCACAAUUAUUGUAAACACAUUUAAAUGCAAUCCAGAUGAAAUGUGGUGUCAGUUUUUAAAAAUUGAAUUCUACAUUCAUCUGGGAAAGUAGCCUCACCUGGAAUUUUGAGGUUCUUCACCUGAGAGUUUUCACUUGAGAGCUCAGUAUUUGGAAGAAAUGCCUGGUGCCUGGGCAGCUUCUCACACUCUAGUGGAGCUUAAGAGGCAGAAAGUGCCAUACUGGGGUUAUGCUGACAAUUUCCUAAAGGAAGAGUUUGGACUAUCAUAUUUUUUUUUUGAAACUGUACACUGUGUAGUUUUUAAUUGGUUAAAAGGUUUGAAUCAGAGAAUGUGAAUAUUCAAAAUGCUGUAAAAUUGAAAAGACUUGAGUCAAUCAUUGGUCGUUAUUGAGCACCUACUAUGUGCAGAGCACUGUUCUAAGCACUUGGGAGAGUGAAAUAGGGUGAAAUAUUACCAAGACUUUUUUUCUCUUUGAACAUUUUAAAACAUUUGGUGAUAAGUGCCCUCUGGUGUGGUGUUGAAGGUUUAGAUACUUUACUGAAGUGUGUCAAUAAUACUGUUUUUACGGACAACUGCCAAGAAAAAUCAGUUUGUAAAGUUUGAGUCAUUUUCCUUUUUUCUCCCGUGUACCUUGGAGGAUCUCAACAGGUUUCAAACCUCUUGCUUUACUAAAAAGUUUGCUUAGCCCUGCUUAAAUUUGGAUGUAUUCACCACUAACAUGCUUCCGUACUCCACUUGUGGAAAACAUAAUCACCAUUUUGCAUCUUUAUUAAUCUACAGCUGGCAUACUAUCUAACUUUUUCUAAGAGAUUGUAGGAAAAUUAUGUUAAAUGGAACAUCUGAAACACUGUUGAUAAUAACUAAAGAUUAAACAGAAAACUGUGUUUUACCCCAGAUCAACAGCAGUGUGGAAAUCACUAAAGUGUAGUCUUUAUAAUUUCCUAGCAUAAAAACUAAACUAGGUCCAUUCCCUGCAUCAGUGUAGAUCACUCUUUAGAUCCAAAUUAAAAUUAAUAAUCUACAUAGUUUAUAACUCCCAGAUUUUCCUGCACGCCUUAUUCUGUUUAACACAGCUAAAGUAGCUUAGAGAAUGUUCUGUAUAGGAGGGAAGUAAUUAAAAACAGACCAAAAACAAGAUGUUUUAAAAAUGGGAAAGCAGAAGAGAAGCGAGGCAGUGUUAGAUGAAGGUUAGGAAAGGAGUCUGAGGCAUCGGCAGGACAAAGUAAAACAGGAAUUUGUAGUUCUGAAUCGUUGGAAUCCAUUUUUAAAUCUGACCACAGGCACUCUUCUACAACUUCUACCAUAACAAAAUAAAAACAAACCAUCCGACAAAAAGAAAUGUUCAAAACUCUGAUUGGAGGUGGGGCAGAGGUUAGGUAAUGGAUUUUUUGCAGUUUGAAUGUGUUGAUCCAUUAAUUGUUGGGAAUUUGUUUAUAGUACCAUUCUGUACUAAUAGCGUAGAGAAUAAUCCUUGUCAAAGCACGAUACUGUAUUAUUUGAAAUUUCACUGGCUCAGUCCAGUGUUUCCAGUUUCUAAAAAUCUGAUCUGAAAUAGUAAUCGAAAAGUCCGAUUUUUAAAGAAUUUAGAAGCUUGCUCACUAAAAUGCAGUGGGUCAUCUUUUAAUGUAUUAUCUCCCUAAGCUACAAAUAAGCGUUCACCUUUCAGAUUUUGAGGCUUGCAUAUGUAAUUGAAUGAUAGAUCGUGAUAAAGAAUGUACUUAAAGGAUUGGGUUUCUUUUUUCUCUUUUUCUAUUUCAUAAGAACUGUGGAUUUCACUUGACAUUUUACCUGGGAGAUGAAAUUUCUUUUGACUCUCAGUAUCCUCUGUAAAACUGAGCGUAAUCAAAUUUGAGGUAUUUCCUCCUCAGUUGACUGGUAUGUUUACUAAGGGACCUGAUGAAUAUAUAAUGAAUUGUAAAAUAUUUUGAUGUAUUUUUUUUGAACUGUGAAAUUGAUUAUUGGUCUUUUUGACAAAAACAGGCUGCUGAUAAAAUA